GUUUUUCAGCCUCAUAUCCGAGAACUGACUCAAGUACACAACUGCAGCAGCAGCGCAACUGGCUGGAAUUAUCGCCCAUCCCAGAAGCAUAAUUUACUCGGGCAAAAUAUUUAUACAGAGGCGGACCGAGAUCACUUAUAGCAAGUCCAUUGACGAAACCCAGUGGAAGCAACCCACAUUGAAGACUCUGUAGGGUUCUGGUCGUUCUCAGUACUUUUAAGGAACACCGCUGGUUCAGACAUCUCAAGUAUUCAGCAGCAUCAUGAACUUUUUGGCUGUAUUACAUUGUGUGAUACUUAUUUCAGUUUGUGAAAUACUUCAUCGAACGAAUGCUGGCAUGUGCUGGCUGCAGCAGGGUCCGGAGCACCGCUGUGACAUGGUGCUCAUGAGGGGCGUUAGCAGGGAAGAGUGCUGUGCAGCCGGCCGUCUGGACACUGCCUGGUCUAACACCAGUCUGCCGAUCAAUGAAGUCAGUCUGCUGGGAUUCCUGGGAAUAGUUUCCUGUAAGCCGUGCAAAGAGAACUGCGAGGGAGUCAACUGCGGCCCUGGAAAGGCGUGCAGGAUGAAGUCUGGACGUCCCCAGUGCGUGUGCUCUCCAGAUUGUUCCAACCUCUCCACUAAACACGGCGUGUGUGGGAGCGAUGGAAGCUCAUACAAAGACGAGUGCGCGCUCCUGAUGGCUCGCUGCAGAGGUCACCCUGACCUGGAGAUUAUGUAUCAGGGGGAAUGUAAAAAGUCCUGCUCCAAUGUCGUAUGUCCUGGGACGCAUACCUGCGUGACGGACCAGACCAACAGUGCCCACUGUGUCAUGUGCCGCACUACGCCCUGCCCGAUGCCUAUGGUCACUGAGCAAACCAUCUGUGGCAACGAUAACAUCACCUACCCCAGUGCCUGCCACCUGCGUAGGGCUACCUGCUUUUUGGGUCGAUCCAUAGGUGUCCGCCAUAAUGGACACUGCAGAAGUAAUGAAGGAAGUGAAGAAAAUUCACUCUUCUGAAAAUGUGAAGAGCAGAUCCGCUCCCUGUAAAUAUUAUGAUGGCACGUAAGACGUGAGAGAACCUGUUUGAAACCACACAGACUCACAACAUGGUCCUCUGUACCAAAGAACAACUACUAGUAUUUUAUAUAGGGCUGGGUAUCGAGUUUGAUACUUUUUAGGAACCGACCAAAUGGCCUCGAUACAAUCGAGUAUCGGAAAAUGGCUUGUUGUUUGGCACCAAAUUUCGAUACCUAAGGGGUUCAUCUCAUCAAUGUCAGUUAGCCAAUAAGCAUGCAGCAUGCUUGAUGUGCCUAAAUCAGUGAUUGGCUCUGGUGAGGCAUCAAGGAAAAUACGUUGCAUGACCAUUCACAUACAUUGUAGCAUCAUGCUACAUAAGACAAUUUAUAAAAUUUAUACUAUGCUUUUACUCCAAACUUACUGUUAUCGAGUGUUUGUUAUAACAUCCGAUUGUGAUCUAAUGAUGGUUUUGGUCAUAAAAUGUUGGAGAAAUAUGUUAUUUAUAGCCAUUUAUAUCGAGCUUUGCAGAAUCUCUUUAAAAUAACAUACAAGAGUCAUAUACUGUCAUAAACGACAAAUAUUUAAAUAUUUUUCUGAAAGUGUAACCCACCUUCAUCAUAGAGCGGGUUAUAAAUGUGUAAUACGAGUGACUUGAGCAGCGAAUGUCAGAACAGUGACUGAUCGCGGAAGAGAAAACACAGAGAGACAGUGCUAAAACCAGCUAACACUCAUCAGUAAAUCAAUAGAAAUUGAAUAUAAAUUAUGGUUCUGUCUAAGCUAUGCAUUUUAAAAUCCAAAUGCACUAUUGUAAAUGCCUACGGACAUUAGUCCCGGGGACAUCAUCCGUGAAGAGAGGGCUUGUCUGUCUCCUGAAAAAGCAGACAUGCUAUUUUUUUUAUUUAUUCUCUAGUAAGAUGAACUGCUGGAUGAUUAGUGCUGACUUAAACUCUUCAUUUUGCACUGAAAACUAUUUCAACAUUAUUAAAACGGUGUGCACUGAUUUAUUGUGUUGGUUACAUUCUGUUGCUUUGUGCAGUGGCUCAGGAGUCUUUGAGUCUCUAAAAACCUCAACAAACUGGAAAAACAAAAAGUUUUGAGGUAAUGUGUGAUGUAAUCUUGUUAAAAUGGUACAAACUAAAUUUGUAGCGAAAAAGUAUUGUUCAGGAAUCAAUUUAUCGGUAUCGAUAUAUAGAACAUUUUUUAAUGAUACCCAGCCCUUAUUUUAUACUCAUGUAAUUCAUAUUUACAGGAAAUGUGUGGUUUUAACAGGAGAACUGUACUGAUGAAUUGACAGUGUGCAUAUUGUAAAUAUAUUACGAGCUACUAUUUAUUGGGGAAAAGUAAGGAAGUUAUUGUUAUUUAUGUUAACAACAUAUAUCCAUACAUAAGCUGCCUUAUCAAGGUAUUUAUUGUGGCUUUUGCUUCAGUUUCCAUCUACAUGUAUAAAAUGAAUAAUGUAAGCAUGCAUGUCCCUGUACCUUUGAAUCUCCUGAUGAUUACUGGAUGAUUUUCUUGUUCACAAAGAGCUAUUCCUUGUCAAUUUAAUAUUUUAGAAAAUUACUUUUCUGCAACAUUUUGAUGUUUUUAUAUUUUUUGAUGUUUUUGUUAUUCUAUUAAUUAAUUCCCUUGGUUUUCCAGACCUGUUAAAACAUGUUCCUAGUUUUCUAAGAACCUUGACACGAGCUCUCUGUUUGCCAGACAGAGGAUAUCAUUAUCGUCAGCCAUUAGCUUUGUGUACGAUGACCAAAAACCACUGAAAUAUCUUCCUGAACAUUCCUAAGUGCAGUAUUCCCCAAAAACGUGCCUCUCUGCAAAAUCCAUGUGGACUCACAGUUGAAAUUCUUCUGGACAUGGGAGACUACUUACUCAUUGAGAUUAAGUGUUGUGCCUGUACUGUUUGUAUUCAGAGGGAUUACUCAGCCAAAACAGCUACGCUUCCAGGCCAUGUUCACCCUGACGUGAAGACCAAACUAAGCCACCCACCAAGAGAUGAAAUUACCAGCUACAGUCUCAUGGCAGCAGUUUUUAAUGAGGACGCUGGGACAGUCAAAGAAUGUACAGUACAUUCUUCUGUUUUAAUGGUUUUCACAUUAUCGGGUUAUGUUUUUGUUGUUUUGUGUCUGAUUUAUGGUAACUUGACCCUGAUUUAUGGUUAAAUGGUCAUAAGGAGAAUUCCAGAGACUAGAUGUUUUGUCUGAUUCCCGGUAAAUCGGAUGGUGUUAUG